AUGAACAGCAUGUUUCCUCAGAGGAGCGCUGUGGCCACACUGGGCUACAGCUCAGAUUGUGUAAAGAUUGAGCGCAGCAGCAAUGGCUCAGUGGGUGGGUCGUUGCUGAGGGGCUCUCGCUCUAAGGCAGAGCUACAGGACCUAAUGGAGACGCUGCAGCGCAGGAAGAGUGCUCUGGAGGCCAGUUUGAGGGCGGCUGAGUGCAACCGCAAAUACCUCAGCGUGCCUGCACCAGGUGGAUCCCAGUCCACCAGGCCACUGUCGAUCCUCGGCAAUACGGAUCGGCCUCCGUCGGCCUCCAGAGCGUUGUCCUACAUGUCCAGCAGCAGCGUGCCUCCAUCACCUCGCCAAGGUGAACGCCAGCUGAGCUCCAACGGCUUCCUUCGUCAUUCCCACUCUCGCCACCAGUCGCAAGACAGUCUGCUCCUCUCUCACACAGCAGAUGGGAGCUCUCUGCUCUCUAUGGGGCAGCCCCUACCUCGCUCUCCCAGGGUGAAAAGUGGAGCAGCCAGCGUACCAUCCAGCCCUCGCAUGAGCCGCAGGCUCUACUCUCAGUGCAAAUCUGGAGGAGACUCCCGGCAGAGGAAAUACUCAACUGGCUCCCUCAACAGUCUGGGGAUGCAUAGUCGUUCUCUGCCGCGGCUUCACAACGCAGCAGAGCCCCCCACUCUGUCACUACCGUCACGACACUCUGUGGGUUCCCACAGAGGCUCAGCAGGGCAGCGGCGUAGUCUCUCCUCCCUGGAGCAGCCACCAGAUGUGACAGUACCAGCCAGCAUGCCCAGCACUCCCAGGAGGGCCAGCAUGGCCUCUCUGAGCUCUCUGGGUGUAGAGAUGGAUGGGACAGGCUUAGAUCUGGGCUUCGGAGAGGGGAGGUUGUCCUUUGGGAAGGGUGGCCUGAGUCCAGGACAAAGAGUGGGCAGCAUCAGCUCUUUGAAUGGCAAAGAGGAGCUGAGAGACUAUCACCUGCACCAGAGAGACGAGCGACUCAGGGAGCAGAAAGUGCAGAGAUUGGAGUGCCAGCGUCUAGAGACCAUCUUAAACCUGUGCACUGAGUUUGGCCAUGUGGAGAGAGAGCCGGCAGGCUCAGCAGUUUCUGACCUGCAGAAGAUCAAUAAGGAGCUGGAGAAGCUGCAGGUGUCCGACGAUGAAUCAGUGUUCUCCGACUCUCCCAGCGGCACCGCUCCAGAGAACUGCUUUGCAGCUAAAGCCAGAGACUUCCAACGCGCUGAGGAGCAGAAGGUCAACCAGCGUCAGCAGAGCGGCUACCGGGAGACCAGGUCCCACUCACCAGCUGUUAGCCUUAACAGCAGUGCCCCCUCACCCUCCACCCAUCACAGAGCCAAAGCCUUGGAGAGCGUGCAGCUGAAACAGGAAGUAACGCACAUAGAGGAAGAGAGGAUUCAAGUUGUGAACAACAUAGAGGAGUUGGAGCAGAAGAUCAAAGACCUGGACAACCAGAUGGAGGAGUCUGUCCGAGAGAUGGAGGUGGAGUGUGCUCUACUAGAGGGGGAACAGGAGUCGGAGAUGACCCAGAUGCAGAGGGAAAAGGAGCUUCUGGACCAACUAAAGACAAAGAUUCAUCGUAUUGAGAAGCUGAGGCACACUGAGAAAUCCCAGGACGCUGGAGAGCAGACUAAAAGUUUGGAGGAUUUGGAGUUUCAGAAGCUGGAGAGAGAAAUUAAUCAGAGCGAAGAAAAAGACAGUCAGAGCCGAGAGCUGCUGCGAGAGAUCGCAGAGUGUCAGCGUAUUGCAGUCACACGCAAGGAAAGACUCAUGAUGCUGAAGAAGCAGUCCUCACAGAUUACUGUACAGGCUCAACAAGAAAGAGAGAACUUCCAGAGAGAGAAAAACAAUUUGCUCGUCAUGCUUCAGAAGGAGAGAGAGAAACUGGCGUCUUUAGAAGGAAAGUAUGCAGAGUUGUCUGAGGGGCAGACCUUCACGAACAACCCUGUAGCCAUGAAAGAGCACUCUCUGAAGGAAAGGAGAAGAAGCAACAAAGAAAACUCCUGCCACCCGAGUGACAGCCUACCUCAUAAGAGGAGCCAGCAGCUCCUCACCUCUUAUGGCAGAUCCCUGGGACGCACGCUUCCUCCCAAGGCCCACUUGCCUUUGUCCCAAAGCUCCAGCUGUGGCAGCGUCAUCCUACAAGGCUUCAGCUUCUCCCCCAGGGACCUGAGCGCCCGCCGCCUUCCCAAGACAGGCAACAGCCAUGCACACAUGAAUGAGGACAGACAGAGAAGAAGCGAUUAUUGCAGCAGGAUGGUCUCUGAGCCCGGCGUGUUCUUAGACUCCUUUACCUACCCGGACCACAGCCAGACCUCAGAUACUGUCAGUGUGGACAGCUCCGACAGUCUGGAGACCAGCUUCUCCGCCUGCUCCCCAGACAACAUCUCCAGCGCCAGUACGUCCAAUAUGGCAAAGAUCGAGGAGAUGGAGCGUUUACUCCGAGAGGCCCAGGUUGAGAAACAAAGACUCCUCGAGCAUCGGGAGCGUGAGAUGGAGAUGCGCAGGCAUGCUCUGGAGGAGGAGCGACGAAGGAGGGAGGAACUGGAGAAACGACUGCAGGAGGAGACAAGCCGGAGACAAAAACUUGUCGAGAGAGAAGUGAAGCUCAGGGAGAAACAAAGAUCACAGUCACGGCUGACUCGCUACCUCCCCGUGAGGAAAGAUGACUUUGAUCUUCACGGCCAUAUUGAGGCAGCUGGACACAACCCAGAUGCCUGCUUCCAUCUGGCCAUCACUGAUAAAACCUGUCGAGGCUUCCUGGUCAAAAUGGGAGGCAAGAUUAAGACCUGGAAGAAGCGCUGGUUUGUCUUCGACCAGAAUCGCAGGACGCUCACUUACUAUGCAGACAAACACGAGACCAAGGUGAAAGGAGUCAUUUACUUCCAAGCCAUAGAGGAGGUGUACUAUGACCAUUUGAAGAAUGCACACAAAAGCCCCAACCCGUCCCUGACGUUCAGUGUGAAGACCCACGAUCGGGUGUACUACAUGGUGGCUCCGUCUCCUGAGGCCAUGCGUAUCUGGAUGGAUGUCAUGGUUACGGGUGCUGAAGGACACAUGCAUUUCAUGGUGUAA